AUGGCACUGUCAAUUCUGACCGCCGUUGCAGCUCUCUUGGUCGCGCUGUGUUGUCCUGCUGCGGCCAAUCACCCGGCCCCAGCGCAUGCGCCGUGGCCGUCGUGCGACCUGCUGUACAACUGGUACUGGUGCCGGGGGCACGACAAAGGCGGCAUCAUCUGCGCCACCAGCAUCAAGCGCGGCUCCAUCGAGCCGGUCGCCGUACUCUGGACACGCUCCCUCCAGUCGAGCAACAAAAGCCACAUCCCAGGACAGGAUGAGUUUGGAAUGAUAUACAAUUUUAUCAACUACGCAGGACAACUAAAAUUUACGCUGAGAUUUUGUUCUAAAUCGGACACAACGAAGACAGAACCCAUUGAAUGGCAUCACGAAGAUCCCCCGCCGUGCAAAAAGAACUGGUACAACUGCGACUUGGUGGAAGACAGGAUCUCGUGCCAGCUGAGACUAUGUCCGUGGUCCCACGAACCACUGCUGCCGGCGUCUGGGAAGGUCAGCGACUGGUACGGCUGUACAAAACGUGGCAACCAGGUCGAUUGUUACCUUAGCAGUCUUGGUGAGCGCAAGAGUCAUCCUCACACCUGGAAGCACGUGCUGUACCCCGAAUUCCACCACGAAUUCCUGCCUCACCACGAACACCCUGAUAUGCCGCCCGAGUUCCAUGGCCCAAUGCUGGAACCGAUUCAUGAGUUACCUCCUCCACCACCACCGGCCUGGAAGCACUGA